UCUUCUUGGCAUCUCGGCCAAUGGGGGCGAAGGAGAGGCGCCUCCAGCCCGGCGUGCCCUUGUCGUCUCGGCAUUGGGAUCCAGGGAGGACGCAAGGCAGGGCCGGCAGGUGCUCGGAACCAUCUCAUUCGUCCGGAGUCCUCCUCCUUCCUCCUUGCGCUUUUCAAGGACCGCAGACACUCCCGCAUACGCGCACAGAAAGUACGACCGCCAUGGAAACCGGCAGCCCCAGGAAGAUCCAGUUCACGGUGCCUCUGCUGGACACCCACCUGGACCCGGAGGCAGCUGAACAGAUUAGGAGACGCCGACCAACACCUGCAACUUUAGUGGCAUCCAGUGAUCAGUCGUCGCCAGAAAUAGAUGAAGACCGUCUGCCUAACCAGCUGUACAAGGCUGCAUUGUUGAAUUCCCCUCGACAACGGCGAAAAGGACAAAAAGGAACGCCUACGAUGAAAGAGCUGCAGUUUCUGGUGGAGCAUCACCUGUACAGGCAGCAGCAAGGAGGCGGCGACGAGUGCUCCUCCGAGAGUUGCCUGUCAGACAGGCCCAGCCCCGACUCGGCGGCCCAGGGAGAGGAGCUGCCGCGGGACGACGAGGCCACCGCCGAGGCCUUCGAGAUGCUGCGCUGCCAAAUGGAGGCGGAAUUCUCCAAGGGGAGUCUGUCAGAGGUGGCGGCUGGCGGGUCAGAGCGCCCCCUCCCUGACGAGGAAGACGGUUGCUCCAGGGUCGCUUUGUCAGACGCGUCGUUGCAGCUCAACAACGCACAAGCAGACACAAAAGCGGCGACGCGCGGCACCAGUCAGCCGGCCGACGAGACGACAAAGCAGCUCAGCCCAGAGACAGAAAAAUAAAAUGUUGACGAGAAGAUGGCAAGAGAGAAUUACAGCGCUGGUGUGUCACAAAUGCUGCUCCUUCUACUCAGCCAGCGCCCACGCAAUGACAGAAGAUUGAUUGUGUGUGCGUGUGCGCGUGCAGACUCACUUUCUAGCAACAUCAGGGCAGUCCUUUAGGGCCCCAGUGACCAGCCGGAAAACAACAUUUAUACACAGCCAUACGUUUUCCCAAGGGAAUCUUUCCAUCUUGCCUCUAUGACUCCCAGCUACCCCAUUUUAAACGCUCGAUCCGUUGUAGCGCUCGCGAGCUCUUUGGCACGCCUCCCCUCAUGUCGGCAUUUUAAUUUAAUCACGCACGAUAUGAUCAUGUGGGCCAUGAUGUCUGCGAUCGUUCCAUCAAAGCAAUAACACCGUUUUUAAUACUGGAAAUGUAUCCCUUUAUACAGUUAUCAUUUUAACAUUCUUUCAUGGCAUACAUGUAACACGAGGCAAGUUAUUCACUGUAAAAAAAUAAUAAUAAUGUCAAACAGGUCAGCCUGUGAAGACACCUUGUAGAAAUUUAAAUAUAAAGGGCGCAUGGUGACAUCAAGUUUUGUUUUCUAGAUACAGUAUUGCUAGAGCUGAGUGUGCAAGUAAUCCCCACUUAUUCCAGGGUUGCUAUUUGUAAAUUCACCUUUUUUCUUUUUUUGUGUGUUUUUUUAAAAAAUAAUUUUCUUAGAUGCCAUGAGAUGGCACCAAACCUCUGUCUUAAUCACAAUCGGUCUCAAGGAAGUCUGCUCUUCACUGAGAAACAAGCUUUUAAGGAAUGCAUUUAUCUGAUAUCCUUGAUAUCAAUCUUAAGGCCAGGUGCCCAGACUUUUUUUUACCCCAAAAUCUACUUUUCAAGCAGCCAGCCUCUCGCGAGCUACUGACGUGAUUGGGGAGGGGGGUAAUGAUACUCCCAAACCGUUUUAAGGUUAAUGUUAUGUUGCCUCCGAUAUUUAAAAUACAUAAUUAUCUUUUUGUGCACUGUAUUGUCUGUGCUUUCAUUCUGGAUCAGGCUGUGCCAAGGUGGAAUUUUAAAAUGACACACCAUCUCAUCCUGCACUUUCUACUUUGGCUUCAGACCAGACCUUUCCCGCUCGGAAAAGAGAAAUUCUCGUUUAGUUUCACCACUUUUUCUUUGAUUAUUCAUAUACUCCGACAGUCAUUGCAUCUUAAAACAACAGCAUUUCUUUUUAACUUACUCCAUUAAUAUCGAAGGUAAACAUAAGCAGCACGUCUAUCUCGUCUUUGCUCUACGUUGCCCAGACUGUGUUGCUAACUAAAGCAGCGGUGGUGGACGCUGUCAUUAUAAAACACAUUGAUGUGCUGCAUAAGUACUGCAACAUUUGUAAUUAUGAGUGUAUGUAUUUAAGAGCGGGGGUCACUGGUCGAUCACUAUCGAUGCAUUGAGCACCCCUGUACUAGUGCAUUCUUUGUCCUUACUAAUACGAUGACUUUGGAAUACUAAUAGCACAACUACAUGUGUGGUAAGAUUAUGUACUGGUUGACAAUUACGUGCCACUAGGACUACUAAUGACAAAAGAUUCUAGUAGUUAAUAUCUGCCACUUCACUAGGAAUACUAGUAGCCUGCAGACGUCAACUUGUGCACAGCUUUGCAUCAUUAGUAACAUGUAUUUAUUUUAUUAGUAUGUCCAAGAUAUGUCCUACUAGUGUGCAUAAAUGACACAGAAUAGAAGUGGAAAACUGUGGAGGAACCAGAAGCAGUGAUUCUACUCGUGCUCCAUAGUUGAUAUACUAGUGCGCUGAAUUGUCUUACUAGUGAGGACAAAGACUGUACUUCUGCAUGACUUUGGGUUGGAUAUCACAACGUUGACUAAAUCAGAUUUGUAAGUCGGUGAGGAGCUUUAGUUUGUUUAGCCCGGGUUGUUAGUAGAAGUUAGGAGAGUCUUCGCCAAAGGUGCAUGUAGACGCGCACUUCAGGUAUACCUGUUUUUAAAUCACAGCCAUCGGUAAUCUGUUUAUUUUUGAGGGCAAUGUAAGAUGAGUUUGAAAUUAUGUUUAAUUUUUGGGGAUGGAGGCAAUUGUCACUUUUAACUUGCGCUUUUUCACUAUUGCCCGUAUUUAUAAUAGCAGCCACAUCUUCGUUCCUGUUCUAUGAUUAUAUGACACUGUUUCUUUCCUCAUCGGUGCUGUUUUUAUUUUCAUUUUUCUAAUAUCAUAAACACCUUGCACGAUGCCAAUGUAUUCAGUCCAACUGUACUGUGCUUGGUUUUCCAAGGCCCCAAAACACAUUUUGAAUACCAGGCUGAUGUUUGCUUUGUCCAAACAACAAGGACAUUUUGAAAUUCCCCCUCAUUGAAGUUGCAUUUACAUGUAAAUUGUGACGAUCUUUCCAUACGCCUCAGAUAAUCUAUCGUACAUCACGCGAGGGACAAAACCGGACCACAUGGAUCAGCCUCACAAUGGCCAAAAAUUACAAAUUUCAAAAAUCCAUUAACGCGCUUUUUUUCCCCCGCCGGUGUAUUAUUUAUGGAUUCCGUAGUGCUUGUCUAGUUGAAAAUGCCACUUUAUCUCAAUUAAUUUAUUCCAUGUUUACUUGAAUUGCGGAUGACAUGAGCUAUCAAAAUGUGUUUGAUACAAUAAAAUGUUUCAGUUGGUGAUGUGUUCUGGUUUAUUACGA